AUGAAUAGGACAGCUAGUAGGACCACGCCCCGUGCUCCCGCUGAAGCCGACAACAACACGACAAAGGACUCAGCUUUGACGGAGCAGCAUGUCCCACCUGCUGUAUCCCUUUCUCUUGUCACAAGCUUCUGGGCAGAGCCACUGCAUAAGAAGAAACCCAAUCUCCAUCGCCAGGAAAUAGAAGCAGCUAUGCUCAAUAACCUCAACAAUCCUCAUUUUGAUCAAGUUCUUGUCAUCCUGGAUGGUGCCAACUGGGAAUCCAACUGUACCCAUUUUAAAGACAGGAUGAGGCAACUGCAACGCAAAUUCAAGAAAAAAAUGGGGAGCAACCUUGUCGAUGACGCAUAUCAAAGCACAAAAAGGCCGGUCCUAGAUUGCAUGGAUAUCCCGGAACAACCAACCUAUUACCAGAUGUUCCACAUUGCAACUGGAAGCAACGUCAAGGGGGAUGUUGUCAUUGUGGAAAAUGCUGAUCAAGCUUUUGAUGACUCUGUGCGGUGGGCCAAGCAUAUCAAGAAUACCACUGUACUGGCACUAUCAACCUGGGGAUUCCAUCCAGAUACUGUGCCUUCACCAACCAAAGAACAUUUCUUCUUUAUCCAUGGGAAUAACCCGCAAGAAUAUGAGAAGAAGAUGCCCGCCAGAUGCUGGGAAGGCAAGAGAAUGCAUUCUUGGGAUGGCUUUGUGUUCCACAAACAGCUCUUUGCGGGUCAGCUAAAAGCGGAAAACUUCCAGCGUCCCACGGUAAAAAUGAUGAAUGAGUCCACUCAUGAGAAUGCCUUUUUCAAAAUGAACGAAAGUGGUGGUGAAAACGCAGCAAUGUGGGCGCUACUAGAAGGGAUUCCAGAAUCCAUGGAUGUGAAUGGAUGCACCGUUAUCCAGACAUGGCAUUUCCAUGGCGCUAAAAAGAUGCAUGCUCAUUCCCAUCAUGGUGAUGCAUAUUGGUUUUGGCGUGACGGGGACGGUGCUGGACAUCAGGUCCCCACUCCACAUCGCAUUCCCAGCCAAGACAGCAUUACUGUCACAGGCAGCUUUGGGAUCAAACCUGCUCAAAGGUCCGCCCCCCAAAUGUAA